UUUAGAAAGUGGUGCAACGGAAAAAAAUUUUCUUCAUAAUUUUGAAAAUAAUUUGGCCGAGAAUUUAGGAAAAUAUAAUUUAGAAAACAAGACUGAGGAGCAGUUAACCACCGAACACAAAGAAGUAGUGGAUUCAGUAAAAAGAGGAUUUAAAAAAGAAAAAAUCAUUAAAGUUAUUAAACAGGAGAUUAUUGAGUUUCAAAAAAAUCUUUAUCAAACGAGUGCUGAUUUUCGCGACAAGCAUAUUUUUUUAGUGGAUAAUUUUUCCGAGUUGGAGCAGAAAAUAAAGAAAGGGACAAAAG